AUGCGCACCCUCUCGAAUCACGCGGCGCUGCAGCAGGUCUCGCAGCCCGCCGCCGACGGCGAGCGCCUCGCGGCCAUCCUCUCCAUUCCGGCCGCGGCCGACGACAAGGCCGGCUGGGCGUACCGCAUCCCGCACGAGCUGGCCGAGUACGACUGCUUUGUCGAGUCUGACCCCGAGGACGAGCAGCUCGUAAGCCGGCUCGGCGAGGCCUCGGUCCUGGACAAGCCGCUCGCCCUCUUCCUCAGCGCUUCCCAGGCCGGCGCCGCGCAGCGUCUCGCCGACGCGGCGAGCAAGGGCGGUGCGUGCCUGGUGCGCAUCGUGGUCGUGCACGACGGCGGGAACGUGGCGGCGGCGGCGGCGGUCCUCGAAGGGGUGGACGUGCCGACCACGUGGGUGGACGAUCUCUCCGGCUCCCCCGUCUCGUGCCCCGGGGCGGCAGCAGUGUUUGCCGGCUUGCGCGAGUCUCUGGCCAAGGAUGUGUCGGCGGCGGCGAGUGGCGCGGUGCGCGCGUUCGAGGAGUACAACGCGACGAGGCCGCACCCUGACGCCUACCCGUGGCGGCCUCUCCUCUCGCUCGCCCUCGCCGAGCACGGCGGCGAGGAGGCGCUCAUCGAUGAGGAGACGGCGCUGACGCUGCGCCAGGCGUACGAGCGCGCGCAGGCCUACGCGGACGCCUUUGAGGCGCGAGGCUGCGCCGAGCCGAGCAGCCGGCGUGUCGUCGGCAUCUACCUGCCGUGGAACGAGAGAAGAAUAUAG